AUAACAUCGUCAUCGAUGGCUUAUGGUGGAAAGAUGAAGCAAGCAGCAUCAUUUUUUAAUAAGCUUGAAACAAAAACCUUGAAUAAUUACGUUGCUAUGAUAAAUGGGUAUUGCGACUUAAACAAUGUAGAAAAGGCAUAUGAACUUUUUGUUACGUUACCCGAGCAAGAAAAGACCGGGCUUCUGCUAGCAAAAAAUGGCUGCUUCAAACUUCUUACUGGCCUGUUUGAAAAACGCAAAACCAAUGAAGCAUUAAAGCUGUUUAAAACAAUAUUGGGAUCAGAAAAUGGACCGUCUAAGAUUAUGUAUAGUAAGUUAAUAGCUGCAUGUUGUCGGGCUGGAGAUAUGAUGACGGCCCGUGAGGUUUUCGUUACGAUGAUAGCAAGAGGAAUACCACCUGAUGUCAUUUCCUACACGAUUAUGUUACAUGGUUAUUUUAAGGUGAAUUGCUUAACUAAAGCUUAUGAUAUUUUUCGUCGUAUGAUACAUCAUGGUAUACAACCUGAUAUUAUAACUUAUACGGUAUUUUUUGACGGGGAGUCUAAAGUAAAACGAAAGGGAUUUAUCAACGGGAGCGAAGAAAAGGGUUUGCAAAGAUUCUAUCUGACUAAAAUGAAAGAGUUGACUCCUGAUCUUAUUCUCUACACGGUCUUGAUUGACCAUCAUUGUAAGUCAAACAACUUACAGCAUGCGAAGUUUCUUUUCAAUGAAAUGAUUGAAAGAGGUUUAAAACCAGAUACGAUAGCAUACACAUCUCUUAUACGUGGCCACCCACCUAAGAAAUAUGUAGAGGCUCAAGUACUUUAUAACAAUAUGCUACGGGCAGGGGUCCAACAGGAUUCACGAUCCGUGCGAGCUCUAGAAAGGGUGAAGCUUACAAUUUGCAAAAAUCAAUAUGAGGGCUAAUGAUUUUAUGCCAUAAAUUACUAUUUUUGUACACAACCGACUAAAUGUCUUAGUAGCAUGAAACUAUACGUAAGUCACUUGUAUGUGUCCAUAUUUAGCACGCGCCUGCAUUGGUCUUAGUAGCAUGA